AUGGCUAAGGUCUCCAAAGUUAUCCUCAAAACUGCACCAAAGGAAACUUUCGGGAAGUUCCACUCCCAUUUCAAGUGCUACUUUCAUCGUUCCUGCGAUUUCACAGGAUGGAAAAUUGAAAGAGUUCCUUUAUGCGAAAAAUUAGAAUGUCGCUGCAACGACGACACUUGCGAAAAUUUCGCUGCCAAAAUCGAAUGCAACGCAAGCUGCAGCGAGUUUUGUGAAAAACAAAGAAUUCGUCAGAAGGUGUGCGCGAAUAUUGAAGUGAAACCCGGACUAUUCGCAAAGGAAAAUAUCUAUGAAGGCGAUUAA